AUGUCAUUUUCGAAACCCCCGUGGGACUUACUUGUACUCAUAAGGGACAUUAUCGCCUUUGGCCGUGGCGUGGGAAGGGCUGUACAGUACCAGGCACGUGACACUUCACAGGAGGCCUCAGCGAUCGGCCCUGGCAAGACAUCGACCACCCUCCUCAAGCUCGCCGCCAGUUCAGCCUUCAAGAUGCCCGCCGUCGGAAAAGCCGCUGCUUCUAAACACAAGUUCGUCGUUGACUACUCUCGCCCCGCGGGAGAUGGUGUUUUCGAUGGCGCAGCCUUUGAGAAGUACCUGCACGACCGCAUAAAGAUCGAGGGAAAGACGGGCCAGCUUGGCGAAAACAUCAAAAUUGCUCGCGAUGGUGACACCAAGCUCACUGUGUCGUCAAGUGUCCCUCUGUCAAAACGGUACCUGAAGUAUCUCACGAAAAAGUUCCUCAAGAAGAACUCUCUGCGUGAUUGGAUUCGGGUUGUCGCAUCUUCGAAAGAUACCUACCAACUCCGCUUCUACAAUAUCCAGAGUAAUGUCGAUGAGGAAGACGAGGAGUAA